GGAAGAGGAGAAAGUCCAGCAUCAGUCUCACAUGUGUCUCUCACAACUCUUUGUGUAAAAACUGGGAUUACUUAUUAGGUCCUGCAAAAGAAGAUUUCCAGGUCAAUGCAUGUUUCAGUUUCAUUAUUAAAUGAUCUGCCAGCAUAAGAUUUAGUAAUUCAAGUAGGUGGGAUUUUUUGUUUUAUUAGGACCAGUCUGUAUGUGUGUUAGAUGAGGAUGAGUGUGUACCUGCUGGUCGUAUGUUUGGCUUUGCUGCCCCAGGGAGGGGAGGCCUCGGACCCUCCAGGCUGCAUGAGCCCUGAUGCAGUGCGAGUGGCAGAAGAGGCGUUGGAACAGAUCAACCAGGACAGGAAAAUUGGAUACAUCUGGAGCCUCAACAGGCUCUAUGAUCUGUCUCACACUCCAGAACAGGGGAAAGAUGGAUCUCUGUACAAACUAACCAUCGAUGUCAUGGAGACCAAAUGCCACAUCACCAGUGGAAAACCGUGGAAACAAUGUGAAGUCAGAAAUAUUGGGAAUGUUCCAGUGUAUGGAGAGUGUCAAGUAUCUGCCUAUGUUCACACUCAAGUCAAACUACAAAGCUACUCCUGUACAAUUCGUGAAGUUCCAGCUACUGCAGUGGUGGACACGUGCCCAGACUGUCCCACGGCCGAAAAUCUGAAUGAGCCCAUUGUCAAAGAGACGGCCAAUCUCUGCCUGCAGAGGUUCAAUGAGGAGAGCCGCCUGGCCAACUACUUUACUCUGGAGAACAUAACGAAAGCCAGUUCACAGUGGGUUGUUGGUCCGUCCUACUUUGUGGAAUUCACUAUAGCGGAGACAGUUUGUUCAAGGGAAACAGAUGUCAGUGAACUGAGCCGCUGCACACCUAUGGACUGUCAGUUUGCUCACAGAGGCUUCUGUUCGGGCUCACAUGUGGCUCGUGAGGAUCAGUUUGAAAUCAGAAACCCUGGUGGCAAAAGGGAUGGCUUGAUUCAAGAUAAGAAACCUGUAGAGGUGAAAUGUGAGAUCUAUGAACCUCAGGCUUCCUCUGUGGAGGCGCAGGCUCACGCAAAAGCAGGCAGUGUGCACACUGAACACCAGCAGCAUAACCACACUCACCUGCAUCCCCAUGAGCACCUCCACUCAGACUCACCCAGCCCAGACAUUACACUCUCCGUGUCUCAGAACCUUGGGACUGUGGUGAAUCAGCCUGCCUCUCCCAGAGCUUCACCAGCAGGCAGCUCCUGCCCCGGACCCCGCAGACACAAUCUGGGUUUACGGAAUCUCAGGCUCUGAUUGGUUGAACCUUCAGUACUCAGUCCAGAGAUUGCUUUUAACCAUAUUGCAAUUAGUUCAAGACAAGAAAUGGUAACUAAAACCUUGCAAUUAAUACAGAAAAAAAAUCUGUCUUUACUGUUCAUUGAUCAUUUAAAUAAAGUAUUUAUCACAGCUGGAA